AUGCGCACGCAUCGUCUAUAGAAAUGCAUGACGAUCAGGGACGUGCAUGUGAGCCGUUAUCCUGUGCUGUUAUCUCUGAUAAAAUAUAAGGGAAAAGUGAUAGUUGGUUGAAGAAAAAUUUAACCCAUGUCCGCCUGAAGAUUCUCGGUUUAUUGGCUGGCCGUAUUCAUUUGCCUGAACCACGACGAAGCUUAAAAUGCCAUUGGGUAACCACGCGGCGCUCACACCGUUGGAAGACAUGUCGGGAGGUAGAGGACAAGCCGGAGGAGGGCUGCCGCAAAAUUGUUUGAAAGUUUUCAUUCAGCGCGAUUACAGCGAAGGCACAAUGGUCAAAUUUCAAACAAGGUUUCCCUCUGAACUUGGGGGUAGACUGGACAGUCAAUUGUUCGAGUACACGAUCAAUCAGUUGAAUAACUAUUUUGCGGAAGCGGAACGUGCAAGCUGUUCGACGUACUGCGAAGGUUGUCUCGCCUGUCUAACUGGCUACCUAAUCUACAUCUGUACAGAGACGCACUACGAAAAGUGCUUGCGGAAAGUAGCAAAAUUUGUUAGCGAACAAAAUGACAGAGUUUACAGGCCUCGAGGCUUGUUAUUGACUGAUCCAACGACUCGCGGUCUCAGGUUAAUAGAGAUUUCUGUUUUGGACAGACCUGCGUCGUGACUGCAUGCUAGUCGAUCCACCGAGUUCUUCAUGUGACACGCCGACUUUCGCCAUUUUAUACUUUAGUAGAAUCGCUCUCGACAUCUCAAUGCCUCUGUAGGAUGUCAUUCGAUUUUAGAUACCUAAUUAUCGCAGCAUUUAUUCCAUGCAUUUAUCCAAGAGUACACCAAAUUGUGUUUACAAAAUAAGAAUCUAAUUUUUAGAAACGAUCGAUCGAAAUAUUUCUAUUAAUUUAUCGCAUGUCUGAGAUAUCGCAGAGUCGAGUACAUAUUUCUUGAAUCUGUUAAACGGUUCGUAGUAAUAAAAAAAUAUACAUGUGUUCUUGGAUUACGACGGAUGGCUUGAAAAGUGACUUUUUUACAGUAUUGUUAGAGAAAUAAAUUUUUCGAUUUUGGUAUAAAUGCUGCACAAGUAGGAACGCCCAUUUUAUGUCGUCGACGGGCAUGAAAAAAGCAUCUUUGUAUUGUUUUUUGGGUGAAUGAAGAGGGAAUUGAUUACAGAAAGAAAAUUAUCUAGAAAAAUUGAUUAUUAAAUUAAACAAUUUUUCGUCACUAUUAUUUACCUUGAAAUUUGUUACGCUCUAAUUGAGAGUAAUUAUA